AGUAUUGACAGUUUAAAAACCUUGACAGAAGUGGUGAAAAAUGGCUACGGGGGCGGCUGAAUUUAGGCAAGAUAUGCCACCCCCAGGGGGGUACAAACCGAUACAUUACCAGAGAAUACCCGCACGACAAUAUUUUAAUGGAUGGGCUCUCUUUGGAGGCUACAUAGCCGUGACUGCUGGUGCUGCUUACCUCUAUUAUCUGAACUGCAAGGUAGUGCACGCUGAGGAAAUUGAAAUGAGAUCAGCUAGCUUUGCAAUUUACCCCAUGUUGCUCGCAGAGAGAGAUCGAGAGUAUCUGAAGCAGUUGCGAAGGAACAGGGAUGAAGAAACUAAGUUAAUGGCCAAUGUCGAGGGCUGGAAAACUGGCACCUGGUAUGGUGAACCUAUUUAUACCACUCAGCCAAAGGAUACGUUGAUCAAUCCAAGAGCGCAGGAAUACUACAUACACGCCUCGUUUAGGGACUUUUCAAAGAGGGCAAACAUUGGGUUGUUGUCAUAAGUUGUCCCAGAUUUGUAGUUAAUUGUAUUGCUUGAAAUUGUUAUAACUUAAUAUAUGUUUUUAAGAAUGCA